AUGAUUUCGCUCAGACUGGUGUCUGCACGAAACAGCAUUAGACCAUGCUUGUUUUCCCGGAAAGGAUUCCACACCACCACUAUUGUUCGCAGCGAUGAGGGUAUUAACCCCAACUUCCCUGAUGAGCCGAUAAGAGUGCCUCGGAUUAGACGUCCUGGCAGAUACUUUUCUGAACCCCUCAACACAGCCAAGUACCGAUUGAGUAACUGGCCGAUCUACGUUGCACCGGCCGGUCCCCAAGUUGCAUUUACAAAGCGUGCAUCAUUAGGUCUGGCUGCCCUGAGUGGAUAUAUUGGAUACCUUGCCACAACCACAGCCUCAGUUUCUGCCCUGGCGGCGACCCUUGGUGUUGUUCCAUUGCUACUUCCAAUUCCAUUUUUCCAGUAUCUUUCGAAACCAUAUGUGACACGCAUUUUCCGAUUGUAUGAGCGACUACCACCGGUGAUUCACAAAAGAACAGGCGAGGACGGCUUGGAGUAUACUGAUGAAGAGCCACAAUCAUAUACCUAUGAGACACUGACAGAAGACGAGACUUUGGUGGUGGAACAGAUUGGAGCGUUUGGUCGGUCAGUGCAUGCGACCCAGAUCAAGGUCAAGGAUAUUCGGAUUGUGAGUGAUCGCAUGGGCUGGGUGACAUGGGAGUACAAGGACCCGGAGUCUGGAGAGGUGCUACCUAUGUAUGUUGCUGAUAAUGUUGGUGGCAUCAAGAUGGAUCGUCUUUGGGGUGUAAUUGAGAAGAAUAGCGGGAUCGACAAUGGCCGGUCCUUUUUGGAUGAGCCAUAG